AUGAUCAAUAUUCAUCAUCAUACAAUGAUUCACAUUAUUGGCAUGGAAAUAAUUCAAAUUCAUAUGAUUUUUAUGGUUCAACAUUCAUCUCAUACACUUUUACAACAAAAUGGUUUUACUCAACAAGUUUGUCUUAAAUAUAAACAACAAUGUCUUGAUGACUUUCGUGUUGAUGGUGCAUCAUUUCCACAACAAUUUUUUCCAGCAAAAUCAAAUUAUAAAGAAUUUAGUGUUUUAGGAAGAAUUGAUAUUGGUUUAGGUAUCGGUGGUGGUGUGAUUAAUUCUAUACUUUAUAAUGUUGAUGAUGGUCAUCGAGAUGUUAUUUUUGAUCGUUUUCAAGGUGUUAAACUAGAUGUUAUUGAAGAAGGAACUCAUUUUAUGAUUUCAUGGCUUCAUAGACCAAUUAUAUUUGAUAUCCGUACACAACCACGAUCUGUUUCAUCAAUAACAGGAAUAAAAGGUAUCUUAAAAAAUUUUGUGGCCAUCGAUGGCGACUCAACUGAUCGGUUAGAUUUACAAACAAUUAAUAUAACAUUACGUAUUCUUUAUCAACCAAGAGCUGAACUUUUACCAAAAAUUUUUACAAAUUUGGGUUUAGAUUAUGAAGAACGUGUUUUACCAUCGAUUAUUAAUGAAGUUUUAAAAUCUGUUGUACUAAGUCUCAAUUUGAUGCUAUUCAAUUGA